AUGUUAGAGGACAAAGAUGCAGUCUCAGCUGCUGGGCAAAGCAUCACUUCGGGACCUUUGGACGGUGCUGACAAUAAGGGUCUCCAGUUGGGUGUCCAGCUCCCAGGCAGUUCGCAGACAGGUGCUCAGCAGCAAAACCAGCAGCUCCUCUUGACUCCAGCCAGCCUCCAACUCGCUCAGCUCCAGGCCCAGCUUACCCUCCAUCGCCUGAAACUGGCUCAGGAAGGCAACACAGCUGCUGCGGCCACUGUUCUCAAUCAGGUUCUCUCCAAUGUCAACAUGUCUCAGCCCUUGUUUAAUCAGUUACGGACUUCAACUAUGGUUGGAAGUCAACAGAGUGCCUUCCCCACAGGAGUGCUAGGUUUCCCCUCUUCAAAUUCAGCCUUGGGAGCCUUGGUCAGUGGGGGAUUCAACCAAAAUCCAGGCAAUGUUAGGCUGAACCAUCCUUGUGGUGGAGACGUGAUGGGUCAACAGGGCAAUGAGUAUGGGAAAAAGUCUGGGUCGACUUACCCCUCUGACACUGACAGACGACUUCAGUACAACUUAUCUGGAGGGACAUCUGCAGCAUCAGCCACUGCUGGUAACGGGCUGUCCACAGUUAUCAAUACUCAGGCAAACAACAUGACCAAUGUUGGUCUUCAGCGAGAUUUCUAUAGGCAGGAUAUGCAAGUACAACAAGCUGGGUUUAGUGAGCAGAAAAUGAACGUUUUUAACUCAAUGGGACAUAAAGAGCAAUGGCAAGGUCACACCAACUUGUCUCACACCUGUAUGGUGGAUGUGGGCUCUAAUCCUCCCCCUGCGUGGACACCAGCUGGACAGCCGGCUCGGCCUAGGACUGAACUAUAUAACCCAGAAGAGCCAACCCCUGAUCCGAAGUUAAACUGCAAUAGUGCAGCAGUUUCCUCUUUUGGUUCAAGUGGCAUGCAGGCUUUAGGACUCUACCAGCGCCUGCAUGGAAAAGAGGAAGCUUUAUCGUCAGGUACCAGGACACUUCAGCCUUAUCAAGUCAAUGAUUACCAUGCUGUUACACCCACUCAGCUGCCACACCAGUGUAGCAUUUGUGACAAGAAGGUCUACAACCUAAAGGACUGGGAACAGCACGUGAAGGGAAAGCUACACCUCCAGAAUCGAAUGUUGUAUGCAAAUGACGGUUCAGCGGUGGUAUCAGCUGGAGCUACUCACUAUGCUGUCGGCAGGCCUUCUGAUGGAGGUCUGAACCCCGCAGGAACGAACCCCAUAGUCUGUUCUGCUGCGAGUCAAGAUGUAUCCUCAGGAGCCAGUAUGUCAUACUUGCCAACUACAGCCAUGAAGACCUACCCCACGCCAGACACAGGAUUUGCCUCACACCAGCCAGAGUCAAAGCCAUUUCCGAUCAGAAAGACCUCCGUCGGUCGAGUCGUCCACAUAUGCAACCUCCCUGAGGGCAGCUGCACGGAGACUGAUGUCAUCAACCUGGGAAUACCCUUUGGCAAAGUUACCAAUUACAUUCUCAUGCGGUCUACACAUCAGGCCUUUCUAGAAAUGGCAUAUGUAGAGGCAGCUCAUGCCAUGGUUCAGUACUACCAACUUACUCCAGCUAUGAUUAACAACCAAAAACUUCUAAUACGAAUGUCUAAGAGGUACAAGGAGCUGCAACUCAAGAAACCAGGUAAAGAUGUUCAGUCAAUCAUCCAGGAUAUUACCUCACAGCGGGAAAGGGAUGAGAUGCAACAACAUGAACACUUUGUACCAGAGCGAGCACGUUCUCGCAGCCCUAUCAGCCACUCUCUAAGUCCUCAUUCCCACAGCCCCAGUUUUACAUCAUGCAGCUCAGCCCACAGCCCCCAAGGGCCACCAUGCAGGGCUCCAGAGAGAGGCUCAGACGGUAUGGGCCCCCACCGGGGCUCAUGGGAGUGGUCGUCACACUUAAGAAGGGGUGAGGAUGAAAGGGAGAGGGAUGAUCCGUGGAGGAAUGGGGGCAGCAUGGAUGAUGAUCGACCUAAUGGUGGACGGGCGCCUGACCGUCGAAAGACCUACCAAAAAUCCUUAGAUCAUCUUAGUUUCAGAUCUACAGAUGAGCGAGGAGGUGGAGGAGAAGGGAUGAGGGGCAGAGACUGGCACCCACGAGGAAGCCCUCAAGGCUCAUCCUAUAAUUCGUACAGGAACAUCGAAGAUGAUUUCUACAAGGAACAAGUGUACAAGUCAGACAAGCCACUCAGACCUCCACACCAGCGACAUGACACAAAGCCAAAGAGGAGGGAUGGUGAUGACUACCACUCUAGGUCCAGGCAUUCAGAAUUUGAGAUGGCUGAUCAGACACUUUGCAGAACACCUGAAAAUAAGAGGCAGAGUUCACCAGGCAGGGGCAGAAGUAAGAAAACAAGCAGGAGGUACACGGCUGCGGAGAAAAAAGAGAAAGAAAAUGCUACUGAAAAUACUGACCGCCAGUCAAAAGAAAAAUCAGUUUCACCUCAGCGAAUCAGUAAGACAAAAGAAACUAAUGAAGGUGGUAAAGACAGGGACGCUGAGAAGGAUCGGGAAAGUUGUGACGACACAGAUGAAGAGUGUUGGUAUCCUAAGAACAUGGAGGAACUGGUCACUGUAGAUGAAGUGGGAGGAGAAGAUGAUUCCAUUAUUGAGCCAGACCUUUCUGAGCUGGAAGAGUUUGCAUCCUGCCCCAAAGACUCAGCAGGGGAGCCAUCAGUAGAGGAGUCUAUAUUGCCGUCUUCCUCAUCCUUGGAGGUGCAGCCAACAUCUAACGAGAAAUCUCCAGAGACUGAAAAGUCUUGUGGGGAUGCUGGAGACCAGGCAGCAACAACUGUAACUGAGAAACAAGAGAAUGUUACGACUUCAGCCAAACCAGAAGACCAGAAAACGAAUCCAGUGACUUCUGAGUUACCAGUUGCUAACCUUAGUGAAUUCCCCAGUGAGGAGUUUAAAGCUGCAUUGAAGGAGACAUGCUUUGAAGGUAGUGAAAUAGCCAACAACGGGCCACCAGGAGAGACUAUGGAAAAUCACAUCUGUGUAUUAGAGGACAGCAAGACCCCAGAAGUAGGACAGGUCAUGGAAGUAGUCAAUAAUGGAGUGCAACACCAGGAUGAUGUUCAUAAAAAAGACUUUGAGGCCCGCUCACCGUCUUGUGAACAAGAUAGAGCUGUCAGUGAACACGGCAUUCCUUUGGGAGUGGAGUUUGUUGUGCCGAGAACCGGCUUCUACUGUAAACUCUGUGGACUUUUCUACACCAGUGAGGAAACUGCAAAGACCACUCACUGCCGCAGCACCGUCCAUUACAGGAACCUACAGAAAUACCUUUCCCAGCUGGCAGAGGUCAGUCUAUCGAGCGUGCUGACCGAACCUCCAGCUGCACAGUGACGAUACUUCGACCUCUCACCUGCUGCAAAAUGAACAUCAGAGGAAGGAUUUCCUAAACGAUCCUAA